AAGAAAGAAAGAAAGAAAGAAAGAAAGAAAGAAAGAAAGAAAGAAAAUAGAUCCCCCUCCCACCAAAUGUCCAACAGGCAAUUUUGAUUCUCCUAGAACAGCCAAUAGCAGACCAUACGUUUUUUCAAAUAUUCCAAUUCCAAUUCCACAAGUCACUUGUGGUGUUUUGGCUUGGGCUCUGCAGUGGUAUUUUGUGAGCCAUCAUAUCUCUUACUUGAUGGAUCUCUGCUUCCUUCCACUACACAUCCAAAUCUGACAGUCAUGGUACAAUUGAAUAGUGAUAGGGAGAAGAUUUUUAUUUGAGUAUAACAUAGUUCCUCACCUUAAGGUCAAAAUCCUCAACUAUAAUCCUAAAAUACAAUGGCAAUGUCAUAAACACAGAACACAAUCCGUGCCAUACAUAAGUGAACUGACAGGGUAGAAAGUAGAGAACCUGUGGCCAAUCUAAGGAAAGCAGCCCCUGGGGAUGACAUUUGUCAUAGGCAGUGACUUUUUUUCUCAAAAUGAUCAGUCUCUAGGAACCAAGUCUUGGAUUAAAAGUAACCUCUACUUUGUUAUACACUGAAUGAAAAUUUUCGGAAAGCCUUCAAGUGGAAAGUUCUGAGAAUUAAAGAUAUUGGACCUUAUUCCAGUAACUGGCGCAUUCCUCAGUAAUGCAGACCACGUGGGGGUUUCAUCUGGUGAGGCAAGAAGAAGGGAAGGGACUGAAUUCACAGGACAGUGCAGAGCUCUGAGGGCUGGAUGAAGGCAUGGGAGAUGGGAAAGUAAAGUGCCCACUGAGGACAAGGGUCCCCUGUGUGACGUCACCAGUGGAGACAGCUAAGGGUAGGGAGCCUCAGCAGAACACGCCUCUCUGCGUGUAAAAAGUUAUGUUUACCUUGACACCCACUGAAUGUUUGUGUCCCCCUCAAAUUCAUAUGUGGAACCCCUAAUCCCAAUGUGAUGGUAUUUGGAGGUGGGGCCUUUGGGAGGUGGUCAUGGGGUGGACCCCUCAUGAAUGGGAUUAAUGCUCUUAUAAGAAGAGGUGGCCGGUGAGCGAGCUAGUGCUUCAUCUACCGUGUGAAGAUACAGUGAAAAGUCUGCAGUCUGCAACCCGGAAGAGGCCCUUCCAAGAACUCAACCAUGCUGGCACUCUGACCUUAGACCUCCAACCUCCAGAACUGUGAGGAAUAAAUUUCUGUUGUUCAUAAGCCACCCAGUUUAUGUUUUUUUUUUUUUUGUUAUAGCAGCCCGAGCUAAGAUACCUCCUCAGGAAAAAUGGGAUGUAGCCGUUAGUAAUUAAGGCACGGGUUGCAAUGUCCGUCUUAUCUAAAGAUGUAGAUGCCUCUGAGAGCAUCCCACUGCCGAGGAGGCAGCCCAGGCAUCUGGGUUCUCUGCAAAAAUGGUAACUCCAGUUUCCCUCACUCUUUCGCAGAUGGGCUGACUUUCCUGGCGCCCCCUUCUGUCUUUGAAGGAGACAGAAUAGUUCUGACAUGCCAGGGAAAAAAGAACUGGAAAAUAGAGAUGGUGACUUACUACAAGAACGGAAAAAUGUUUUUUUCUUCAAAAGAAUUCUCAGAUUUCUCUAUCCAUAGUGCAACUUUGAGUGUCAGUGGCAACUACCACUGUUCUGCUACUGGACGUGGACUAUUCCAGUCAUGGGAAGAAACUUCACAAACAGUCAAUAUCGAAGUCCAAGAGCUAUUUCAACAUCCUGUGCUGACAGCCAGCUCCUUCCAGCCCAUCGAGGGGGGUCCAGUGGCCCUGACCUGUGAGACCCGGCUCCACCCACAGAAGUCAAAGGUCCAGCUCCAGUUUCGCUUCUUCAGAGGCAGCCGGGCCCUGGGAUCAGGCUGGAGCAGUUCCCCAGAGCUCCAGAUCCCUGCAACGAGGACCGAAGACUCAGGGUCUUACUGGUGUGAGGCAGGGACUGUGACGCCCAGAAUCAGAAAACAGAGCCCCCAAUCCAAGAUUCAUGUGCGGAGAAUCCCCAUCUCUAAUGUAAGCUUGGAGACCCGGGUCCCUGCGGGACAGGUGAUUGAAGGAGGGAAGCUAGACCUGCUCUGCUCGGUGGCUGAGGGCACGGGAAAGAUCACAUUCUCCUGGCACAGAGAGGCCACAGGACCCAGUCUGGGAAAGAAGACCCAGCAUUCUCUGACAGCAGAGCUGAACAUCCUGGCUGUGAGGGAGAGUGAUGCUGGCGGAUAUUACUGUACAGCUGACAAUGGCCAUGAGCCCAUCCAGAGCAACGUGGUGAAUAUCCUUGUGAGAAUUCCAGUGUCCAGCCCUGUCCUCACCAUCACAGCUCCCCGGGCCCAGGCUGUGGAGGGGGACGUGGUGGAGCUUCGCUGUGAGGCCCUGAGAGGUUCUCCCCCGAUCCUGUACCGGUUCUAUCAUGAGGAUGUCACCCUGGGGAACAGCUCGGCCCCCUGUGGAGGAGGAGCGUCCUUCAACCUCUCUCUGACUACAGAACAUUCUGGAAACUACUCUUGUGAGGCUGACAAUGGCCUGGGGGCCCAGCGCAGUGAGGUGGUGACACUGUCUAUCUCAGAGGCUGGUGGCUAUAGAAGAGACUUUGUCAUAGCCAGAGUUCUUGGGGGACUGUUUGGUGUCCUUGCUUUCACUGGUGGUGUUGUGCUAUCUUAUCACAGGUGCCACAAGAUAUCAGGAAAAAGUUCUGCUACUCAUACACACAGAGGUGCUUCCAGCCCAAACCCUCAAGAGUCCACGCAGCCCAGCCUACUCUUCACCAUGGAGGAUCUGCAGCCAGAGUAUGUCAAUGUGGAUUCUCUAGGUGUGGAUGUGAUUUAUUCCGAGGUCAUGGGCUUCCAGCAGCCAGAAGACUCAGCAAACACCAGAAGGCCCUCUCUGGAGACCAAGGACUCCCAGGUCAUCUACUCUCCUGUGAAGAAGUCAUAACUGUUGAAGGACUCAGAGGAGAAGAUCAGCAACAAGGACAGGCAUCACUAAGGCUUGCCAUAAAACCUUAUGAAAAUGCUCACGGCUCAUCACCUGUCACAGCCAGAAUGUGCUUCAGGGGCCACCUCAUGUCAUCAUUCUUGUUCUAACCAUGUUCCUUCCCUGACAUCUUCUUUCACCCAUUGACUAUUCUUGAACUGCUACUACAUCCAGGCACUGCACAAAGAAAUUAUUUCUGCUACCUUGUCUUAAAUAAUGAAUGUGCAAAGAGUUGAGGAAAGAAGAAUAAACAAGGGAUAUAAUGUCUCACCUUCACCUACUCUGAGGUGAUGAUGACAGCAGGAUCUAUUACUGGGUUGUUCUUUCCCUCCCAAACUGAACUCAUUUGCUUUUUUACCUUCCCCAGAGACCUCAAAGUUUUAAAUGUAAUUCCCUCUUGCCUUCAUGAGAGCAUGAGGGUUAAGUUUGUAGGAGGAAACAGCAGCCUGAAUCAGUGUGCUAGGUUAUUAAGUAUGAAAUGUACUAUUUCUUUGCAUAAUAAAUAUGACAGUUGAUUUAUG